AUGGCAGAGAACAGUGGCUCAAACCUGGUGUCCUACAAUCUAACAGAAGGACAGUCAAGCAAUAAAUCUCCUCUCUUUAAUGGAAAGAACUACACUUAUUGGAAGGAAAGAAUGAAGAUUUUUGUGCAAGCAGUAGACUACAGACUCUGGAAGAUAAUCUUGGAAGGUCCUCAAUUUCCAACCACUACAAGUGCUGAAGGAAUAGUUUCUCUCAAGCCCGAAGCCAGUUGGACUGAAAAAGACAGAAAAAAGGUGGAGCUCAACGCCAAGGCUAUCAAUUUGCUCAACUAUGCAAUCAGCUUCGAGAAAUUUCGACGGGUAUCACGAUGCACAACGGCAAAGAAAAUCUGGGACAAACUUCAAAUCACUCAUGAGGGAACAACCAUAGUAAAGAAGACCAGGAUAGACAUGCUGAACAGAGAACAUGAAAUAUUCUCAAUGAAGGAAGGAGAAUCAAUAGAUGAAAUGUUUGAAAGAUUCAACAUCAUUAUUGUUGGCUUGGAUGCUAUGGAGAUCAUAUAUCCUGAAUCUGUGCUUGUGAGGAGAGUUUUGAGAAGUCUCACAAAAGAGAAAAUGGUGAAACUGAAGGAAAGAAGCAAGGGAAGCAGCUCAAGGAAACAAAAGAAAGACUUCAGCAAGGUGAUAUGCUACAACUACAAAGAGACUGGGCAUUUCAAAUCUGAUUGCACUAAAUUGAAUAAGGAGGAGAAGCCAAAGAAGGGAAAGAAGAAAGGACUGAUGGCUUCUUGGAAAGACUUGGAAAACGACUCAGAAGAAGAUGAAGAAUCAAAAACUAAGUCCCAACCAUGUCUCAUGGUAGAUCACGUUGAACAAGUAGUAUUUCAUAAUCCUGACACUGAAGAUCUUCAUCUCAUGAUAGAUCACCUUUCUAAAAAGAUUAGAUGCUUCCUAAGUGAAAACCAAGAUCUUGAAUCACAAAUCACCAUUCUUAAAGCUGAAAAUGGUUUUCUAAAAGAAAAACUGAGAAAAGCUGAAACCACUGUUGAUCUUGUUGAGGAAAAUAAGCGGUUGAAAGAUGAAAUAAAAGGUUGUGAAAAACAACAUUCUGUGGUUGCAUAUCUAAAUUAUUUUGAAGAAAAUGAGAAGUUGCUCAAAGAGGACGUAGCCACCUUUGCUCAAAGUUCAGAAAAUUUAAAUCAACUAUUGGCUAGUCAAAAACCUCUUUAUGAUAAAGCUGGGUUGGGAUUUCAUAAAUCUGAAAAAAUUGUUAAGAAAACUUCUUUUGCAAACAUGGCAUCAUCUUCUAAUGACGUAAGGUUUUAA